CAGACCUUUCUAAAAGGUGUCUAAUUUGUGAUCAAAUAAUUUAAACUGGAAAUAAGGAUUCCUUUCAAAAUGACUAAAAUGUCUCAGGGACCCCACACAAAGAAUCUUGUUCUUGUUUGUAUCUUAGUUUCUUUUCCUUGCUGCAUUAGACCGUUUCAUGCGUAAUGAGUUCUUGACUGCAGAAGAAGCAAGACUCGAUGCCGUAGAUGUGCUGAGAACGUCACAGCGGAAGCUUAGAAGGGAUUUGAUGUACGAUUUUACAGAGAAAAGAGCCCAGCCUCGCAUUUCACUUCCCUCUGCUAGAGGAUGCAGCAUAUGCUCUGUCUGUGAAGGCAUAUAUUAUCUCUCUGUGCUCAAAGGUGCUUGAGUUUCCUGAGUUUAACAGUUUUUAAGUUUUGAGAAAAAUGCAGCAUUGGACUGAGGUCUGAUCUCUUUCUAAUGCUUCAUUAAAUUAAAAUAACAGAUGCUAAACUGAGCUUUAUCUACGCAUGUGAAUCUCACGGUUGAAGGGUUCAAAGAGGCAGGAGUGAAACGGUCAAAGGAGGGAUACAGCUGAGCCACUUCUGGAUUUCUCCAUCUUGAAUAUCUCUAAUGGACCAUAAUGAACUCAGCUCCUAAACCUUCACUGGAUUACAGAGCCGAGGAGGGAAUCACCACAAGACUUCAGAAUGCUGUGUAACUAGCAGUGCUUUUAUUCUUAGAGCUCACAUUUCUGCAGACUUGCAAUUAGAAAGAUGACUUCAUCAUCUGUUGGACACCACUGAUCGUUUUUUUACACUCAUUAUUUACAAUAACUACAACACCAGAUGGACAGAAGGAUGAAUGGGCUGGUAGAGGCCUCAGUGAAAUGCGUCCUGGUCGGGGACUGUGCGGUGGGUAAAACGGCACUUCUUGUACGAUUCACUUCUGAAACGUUCCCAGACAGCUACAGACCUACUGUCUAUGAAAACACUGGCGUUGAUGUAUUCAUGGAUGGAGUCCAGAUCAGCUUGGGACUGUGGGAUACAGCAGGCCAUGAUACAUUCCGCCAAAUCCGGCCCAUGUCCUAUCAGCAGGCGGAUGUGGUUUUGCUCUGCUAUUCGGUGGCAAAUCCGAAUUCGUUAAAUAAUUUGCGGCACAAAUGGAUCACUGAAGUGAGGGAAUAUCUCCCGAAGGUUCCUGUGCUGGUUGUUGCCACACAGACGGACCAUCGUGAGAUGGGGCCGUAUCGCACCAGCUGCACCGCGGCUUCGGAGGGCAAACAGGUGGCACAGGAGAUCCGUGCCAAGGGAUACCUGGAAUGCUCGGCUCUCAGCAAUCGUGGCGUGCAACAGGUUUUUGAGUGUGCUGUUCGGACGGCUGUUAAUCGGGCACGAAGACGGACACGCUGGAGACUCAUAGACAUUAACCCCUGUAAAAUGUCCUGAUGCUUUUAAAAGAGGAAUGUCGUUUGAUUCUCAUCACUAAUUGUUUCUCACACACAAUACCAACUAUUUGAAGCCUCAACAAAGACUUCUUAACACUGCUAUCUUAAUAUUGUAUACUUAAGAUUUUGAGUCAUUACAGACAUCGAACAGAUAUUUAUUCAUUAAAAAGCUGUGUCCUUGUUGUUGAUUUUAUGAGUAGAAAAUUAUUGAACACAGGAAGUCGAACAUAUCUUUUAAAAGACAGGUGCGUCUUUCAUUGCUACUCGUGUUGGAAAAUGUGCAUUUGUAGAUUGGAGCUCUUCAAGUUCAGUUUUAAGUUUCAUUCUUGUGAAUUAAAACGGACCCUUAAAACUCACUCUCAAUCUACCUGGUUUCUCUCCUAGACCUGCAUGUGAAAAUGUAAAAUAGGGAUUCACAUUAGCUCAUAAUGUCAGAUCACAUUCUGCAAUCUUAAUUUUAAAUGGCGAUUAAAUCACUUUGUUUAUGAAUUUCUGAUUUGCUGACAACGCUUUUUUCUGUGUCUUGUUGUUUAUGGAGCUUAAAGCUAUAAGAUGAGAAUUUCAGUCGUGAAGUUCUUUUUCUUAAAAGAUUGAUUUCAUAAUCUUUAUGAGGUCACUUAAAAAAAGGAGUUGUUUUAAUAAAAAAGAGUUUAGCUCUGUGUGGUUUGUCACGCACAGCGAACCAUGGAAAAUAUGUUUACAUACGUUCUGACUAAAUAAGCAAAGGCGUGUGUUAUUAAAAAUAAGAAUUAUUAAACUUAUUAAUGCUAAAACUAUGACAACCCCCUUGAGAAGGACCCUCUUCCUAAAACAUAAAGUUAGCUAUUUAUUUUAAGACUCAUAUUUACUGUGUAAAAAAUUGUGAUUUAAUUUUGUUACUA